AUGAACACGACCAUCGCCGUCGUCGUCGCCGCUGUCAUCGCUGUCGUCGUCGCGCGGACCAUCUGCCUCUGGUGCCUCAAGCACCGCUACCAAGGUAAGCCCUACGUCCUCGGCCGUCACCAGUGGCGCCUCGAAGACCGCGCCGGACCUCAUUGGUGCAACGUGUGCGACUCGGUCGCGAACAACGCGUGGCGCUUCGUCCUCGCAUGCGACGUCUGCGGCAAGAAGGCGCACGAAGGCUGCGCUCUUUGGCCAUCGGGCGGCGACCAAGGCUGCCGGUGCAAAGUCGCCGCCAACGCGACCCACGACUCCCAUUUGUGGGUCAAGAACAACUUCGACUCGGGCAGCUAUUGUGCGAUUUGCGACGCCUCGUGCUUCCGAACGACCUCGUUCCAGUGCGCGUGGUGCCGUGACGUGGUGCACGCAGCGUGCGGUCGCACCCAGACGUGCGGCUACGGGCCGCACCGUCGCCUCGUCUUGGCGCCGACGUCGGUGAAGACGCAAGACACGUCGGUAGCAGCUGCCAACACCACGCAGCCGGCUGCGCUGUCGCAACAGGCGAUCAUGAAUUUGAUUCGCAUCUUUGGCUCGGCGACGGUCGUCCGACACGCGCCCGUUACGGGGACGGCAACCAACCCGAUCGUCAUCCUGGACGACGACGUCGACGAUGUGCAGCCGUACACGAUCCAAGCACCGCGCACGACGACACCACUCCUGGUGUUUAUCAACGGCAAAAGCGGCGGCCAGCAAGGCGCUUACGUCGUGCAGCAAUAUCUCAAGCAUCUCAACCCGCUUCAGAUCUACGAUUUGCAUGCCUCGGGCGGUCCGCGAAGCGCGCUCAUCCAGUUUCGCCACGUGCAAGGCCUCAAGAUCGUCGUGUGCGGCGGCGAUGGCACCGUGGGCUGGGUGCUCGGCGCGAUCCGCAAUCUCGUGGAAGAGAAUCAGCUCCAUUUUCAGCCCCCUGUCGCGAUCCUGCCGCUCGGUACGGGCAACGACCUGGCGCGCUCCUUGAACUGGGGCGGUGGCUACGCUCGUGGGCCCAUCUCUGACACGUUGCGCGACAUUGCCAACGCCGGCACGCGCGCCCUGGAUUGCUGGCGCAUUACCAUGACCGGGCGGAAGACGAGCACACUCCAGAACUACUUUAGCGUCGGUGUCGACGCGCAGGUGGCGCUCGAGUUUCACGAGAAGCGCAAGAAUUGGCCUUGGCUCUUUGCAAACCAAUCGACCAACAAGGUCUGGUACGCCGGGUACGGUGCCAAGAACCUGGCCGCGCCGACGUGCGCCAAUCUCGAGACCAAGAUCAAGCUGUAUUGCGACGGCCAGCGCAUCAAGCUCCCCGACGACACGGAAGCGGUCAUCGUCACCAACAUCGACAGCUACGCUGGCGGCACCAAGCUUUGGCGCAAUGAUGCUACGCCCGCCUAUGGCCAGCCGGACGCGCAAGGCCAGCGCACGGCGUUCCACCCGACCGCUAUGGACGACGGCCUCCUCGAUGUCGUGGCUGUCGGCAGCACGAUUCAGCAGGGCGCCAUUCACCUCGGACUCGCCAGCGCCACGCGCGUCUGCCAAGGCAUGUCGAUCAAGCUCAAGCUUUACAUCAAUUUCUCGCAUCGGGCUGAAAUGCUCGAGAAGGCGCUUGGCUGA